UUGAUAUUUGGACGUUUGAAGUGUGAAAUAGUGUAAAUUAGAGGAGUCUCUCACCACACCCAGACCCAGACAAGCUGCAGGACUGGUUGGGUUGGUGUUGGUCUGCAGUGCCAAGAGAGGAAUAGCCUGCCCUCUUUUCUCUAUCUCAUAGUUAUUUCUGACAGUUAAAAGUCUCUGAUCCAGAAGAGAGGUUUGUUCUUCUACCUGCUGUCUGUCAGCGACCUGUCGGCUCUGAAAUGGGGACCAGCAAAGCUUCAGCUCUCCUCUCACUAAUCGGUGUCCUGCUGCUCUGGCCGUAUGUUCUCACCAAGAGCGUCUCCUCCAGACUGCAGACGGCAGACAGCUCCUCUCUAUCUGUAUCUGCAGUUUCAGGACAUGGAGGAGAGCGCCCUCAUGUGGAGAAGCGAUCGACACAGAACUGCGAAAGCACGCAUGACAACUACUGCCUGAACAGUGGCCAGUGCAUGCUGCUGGUGGACAUGAAUGAGCACCACUGCAAGUGUGAGAAGGGUUUCUACGGCCCCAGGUGUAGCAACAUGGAGUUCGUCGUUAAGCCAAUGGGAGAGGAGCAGAUAAUUGUGACCAUCUUCUGUGUAACUCUGCUGAUUAUAGGUCUGGCAGGAGUUCUGUACUUCUGCUGCAAAUGGUAUAAGAAAAACAAAUACCCACAUCAGCCGAAGCGGCAGGGUUACAAAGGAGUCCAGACAGCUUAGAGAGCAUCCGCCGCCAAACCAGGAUUUCCCCAGUUUCCUAAAAGAACAUUUCAACAUACCAUGACGUUACCUGAUGAGCAAUGGCCGGUUUACUGGAUGUCACGCGGCUUUGGAUCAUUUUAUCAAGCGGGAAGAUCGGCACAAAGAGAUUAAAAAUGCUCAACAAGAAAGAGCUUUGUGUGCGGCCGCAGAGGUUCUCGUGUUUCAGCACCCUCAUGUUUGAAAAGAUGAAUGGGUGAAAGACACAAAGACAGUUUCUGCGGGUGACAAUGAUGGUGGGUCAUGGGAAAAUUCAUGGAGAAAUGUGAAAGUUUAUAUAAAUAUUAACGCGACUGUCAAACAUUUCUGACCCCUUGUACAGUAGUGAACCAUGCUUUUAAACAUUUAGGCCUGCGUCUAUAAAACAAGAGGUAAAUCUAAUCAUGUGCUUUUUAAACUUGUAAGGUAACAAGCUUAGCUGACAUUACAAUGAUCAUUACCAAAGCAGUUACGCUUUAGUAUCUUCACUUUAGACUCUGUUACCAGUUAACGUGAGAUUUCAAGGUUUCAAAGAGAUCAUCUUUGAGGUUCGGUGACGUUGCAGAUCUCUCCACAUCUUUUAAAUAAAACUUAUUGAUAAUAAAGUCUUAACAUCUAGCUGCCGUCUGUCUUCCCAUAAUACAGUCCUACACUGUUUUAUAGUUUUUAUUUAUGUCUAACACUUCUGGUUUAGCUUGUAUUUAUUGUUGCUUUUUUGCCUUUUUGGAACUAUGAUAUUAAGAUAUUAAAAAUAGACAUUAUUGUCAUUAAAAUGACCACUGAGUCUAACAGUUCGGUGUUUUAUUAUUUUUUUUACUAAUAUUGAUAAUUUAUUAUAAAGUAUUAAUGUAUACACUGGAAUCUUGCUCUGUUACUGCAAAAAAAAUUAACUUGAAUUUUUAUUAUUUUUUUUCUGUUUCAUUGACGUUGGCCUCACUUCAUCUGACAUUGUUGUCUGAAGGCUACAGCCGAGAGUUUUCACAUUCCUCCAAAGUCUUUUUACAGUUUUAACAUUUUUAUUUCACGUGAUCAAUCAGAAAAUAUCUCUUCUUCUCUUUUUUUUAUAAAUGACAUUUUUGUUUUUUGCUAUGGCAGUAUUAGCUGUGUAUGUACCAGGAAAACAUGUUUAAUGAAAUAUAAAUUAAAGCAAAUACAUUUCAACCCA